AUGCUCACUGCCGGCUUGCCCUCCAUCAUCUCCGUCUACCUUGUCCCGCACUCACUGUGCUCUCCUGCUCCUGCUGAGGGCUGGCUGAAGGACGCAUGCGAGCUGGCCUUGGGGAGCCCGAUCGUCUUCGUCAACGUCCUCUUCUUCGUCAACGUCUCAGUUGGCUUCUGGAUCAUCGGGCUGGUGCAAGGGAAUUUCUGGCUGAUCGACCCUUACUGGACCUUCAUACCUCCCCUCAUUGGCCACUUCUACCUCAGCCAUCCCCUCGCGGUCCAUCCUUCCACUGCUAGGGGGAUGGUGGCCAUGGCGCUUGUUUGGAUAUGGAGCAUCCGGCUCACUCACAACUAUUUCCGAAGAGAAGGAUGGAGGUGUGGGGCGAGGGAAGACUGGCGAUAUACCAAGAUGGCUAAGGAGCAUCCUUCAGCAUGGUGGAUCUUAAGCUUCUUUGCCGUGGGUCUGGCUCAGCAGCCGAUGCUAUUUGUAGGAAUUUCGCUCCCUCUUUACUCCACUGCGUUCUCAAACAAGCAAUGGAAUCUGAUAGAUUCUAUCGCCACCAUGUUGUGUUUGAAAGGGAUUCUGAUUGCAUUCGUUGCCGACAAUCAGUUGUACAGAUAUAUGAAAUCCAACGAAGAUCGAGAAGCGAAGGGACAGAAGAAGGUUGAGCUGCUUGAUGCGGGGUUGUGGGGUUUGAGUCGACAUCCCAACUACUUCGGAGAGAUCAUGUGGUGGACGUCUUUUGCUCUGUUCUCAGUCAAUGUUGGUGAGUGGCAAAUGGUCGGAGGAACGGUUUUCAACACGUUGGUUCUUGUCUAUGUGUCGAUGAUGACGGAAGAAAGAAUGCUGAAAGGUCUUUUUGGCAUGCUGUUGAUGAAUGCGAAGUAG